AUGUCUGUGGGCUUCAAGCCUUUCAAGGCUAACAUCGCACACGCCUUCGGGUCCCCGCUCGUCGACUUCGUCUACAUCUCGCUCCCGAACGGGCAGCACGGCAAGUGGGCGAUCAAGGCGCUCGAGAAGUGCAAGCACGUCCUCCUCGAGAAGGCCUUCACCGCUAACGAUGCGGAGGCGCGGCGCGUCAUCGAGACCGCGCAGCGCACUGUGUCUGCCCUCCCUUUGCUCUCCCUUAUGCUCACCGGCCCGCAGCACGGCAAGGUCCUGCGGACACACGCGAUCAUGACCUCGCCCGUCUGCUCGAUCUCCGCGUCGGACAUCCGCUGGCAGUUCGACCUCGCGGGCGGCGCGCUGAUGGACGUGACGUACGUCCUCUUGAGCACGCGCUUCGCGCUCGACGCGGGUGCCUCCUUGUGCGUCAAGUCUGCGCACACGCGGCCGUCGCCAUGGGAUGAGCGUGUCGACGAGGCGAUGGACACGACGCUCGUGUACCGUGAGGGCUCCGCGGAGAGCGCAGAGGGUGAGUACAAUGUCGAGGCGACAGUGUAUGCGGACAUGCGCCGCGCGAACGUCGCCGGGCUCGUUCCGCGCGUGUGGGAGCUCCCUACGAUCGAUGUCGAGACGGAGCGUGCAGUCGUGACGCUCUAUAACUUCACGAUGCCCCACCACCUGUACCACUACAUUGCGACAAAGGACAAGGCGACGGGCGAGACGCAGUACGAGAAGCACUACAAGUACUCCGGGAAGACGGGCGCGCACGGUGCUCGGAGGAGUACUGGAGCACGUACUGCUGGCAGCUCGAGGUCUUCGUCGACAGGCUCCGCGGGCGCGAGUCUGCGCACUGUCACGAACCAGAGCUCAAUCGACCAGGUGGCAGGGCUGCCUCUGCGGCCCGCAAUGAGGGAUGUGGUCAAGCAGUGA